AUGGCUUACUUAAUUGUGGAAAAUCGUAAGAGAAUCCGGUCCGGGCACUCGCUUAAUGAUGCUACAAUUGAGCAGGCUCAAAAUAAGAAAGAUCUGAUGAAGAAAUACGGAAAACUCUUUGUUCCCGAACUCAAGGAAAGCAAGGAGUUUAAAGAGGGUAUUAUGGGCGGGGAUAUUUGCAUGACUCCUGAUGAAGAAAUACGGAAAACUCUCCGUUUCGAACUCAAGGAAAGCAAGGAGUUUAAAGAGGGUAUUAUGGGCGGGGAUAUUUGCAUGAUCGUUAGACUUCGGAUAGUGUAUGGUACGCUAAGCUUUCGCUCUGUUAGAAGUGCUUUUGAAGAGUCCACGAAAGCGGUACGCAAAAGUUUGGGAAACCAGAUAACGAGUAGCUUCGGUGGUGCAAUUACGAGUUGUAGGAAGAAGAAAUACGACAAUAACAACAACGACUUGUUAGUCAGAGAUGCUGUUUCCUCCGUCCAACUAUUCCCCCCGUUCAAGCCACGGUUCAAGGAUGGAUAUAAAAUUCCACGCGGUGAUAUAGGUUUCGAGGGAGCAUGGACAUGGACUUCGCACAACAAGGACAUGCCCAACACGUCUGGUCUUCACUUCUCGGCCUCUGGCUUCAUUUCAUAA